CUGAUUUUCGCUGACUGUACAAGGCUUCUGCCAAUAAGAGGGCGCGGUCGGCUAUACCAGGAAUGGCGCGCUGGAAUCCGUUCGAAGAUUCAACGGCCUUUCCACGGGAGCUCGGCAAGUGGCACAACCCUUUCCCGUUAAAGCUGUCAACACCACCUCAAUCCCCACGAUUGACCGUUGUUCGCCUCGCCGCUCCUGUAUCCGCUCAUUUCAUACCUAUCCUCGGUUGCUCAGAGGACAUCCAUCAAUUGUUAUCUGGAGAGGUUGUCGCCGUCAUCCGGAGCCCCCAAUUCCUCAUCUCCCGCACCCAUCACCGAGGUAGUCGCCAGAUAAGCACUUCUUCGCAAUGGCCUCCGCAUCCCGAACCUUCACACGCGCUCUCCGCACAGCGGGGCCAAACCUCCGCACCCCCUCCGCCCGCUCCGCCCGCUAUGCCGUUCCCCAGUACGCUUUCCGCGCGCAAUCCCGCGGAUAUGCCUCGGAGAGCGAGCCCAAGGAGAAGUACGAGGGCAACCCGAAGGGCAUGCUCUGGGGAGCCGUAGGCCUGCUCACGCUAGCUGCUGGAUACGGUCUGUACAGGCAGAAGCCAGAGUUGUUCGGUCAGGAAGCCAAGGCGAAGGGACCUUUUGUGCCCAAGUACGAGGACUAUCAGAAGGUGUAUGAUGCGGUUGCGAAGAAGCUCCAGGAUGAGGAUGACUAUGAUGAUGGGAGCUACGGCCCUGUGCUUCUGCGGUUGGCAUGGCACGCUUCUGGAACGUACGAUGCUGAGACCGGGACUGGAGGCUCCAAUGGCGCCACCAUGAGGUUCGCUCCCGAAGGUGACCACGGCGCCAAUGCCGGCCUCAAGGCUGCCCGGGACUUCCUUGAGCCCAUCAAAGAGCAAUUCCCCUGGAUCUCCUACUCCGACCUCUGGAUCCUCAGCGGCAUCUGCGCCAUCCAAGAAAUGCAAGGCCCCAAGAUCCCAUUCCGCCCUGGCCGGACUGACCGCGACGUCUCCUUCUGCACACCCGACGGCCGUCUCCCCGACGCGUCCAAGGACCGCAAGCACAUCCGCGCCAUUUUCGGCCGCAUGGGCUUUGAUGACCGCGAGAUGGUCGCUUUGUCUGGCGCCCACGCCCUGGGCCGCUGCCACACCGAUCGCUCGGGCUACGAUGGCCCGUGGACUUUCUCCCCCACCACCCUGACGAACGACUACUAUAAGUUGCUGCUGGAGGAGAAGUGGCAGUGGAAGAAGUGGAAUGGUCCCAAACAGUACGAGGAUGUCAAGACGAAGAGCUUGAUGAUGCUGCCGACAGACAUGGAAAUUGUCAAGGAUAAGACCUUCCGCAAGCAUGCUGAGCGUUAUGCCAAGGAUAACGAUGUCUUCUUCAAAGAGUUUGCGGAUGCGGUGCUCAAACUGUUUGAGUUGGGCGUUCCCUUCACCGUUUCCGAGGACCAGAGGUGGACGUUCAAGAGCUCUUUCGAUUAGAGUAUUGUUGCGGAUAGAUUGGGUAGACGGCAUGAAGCAUCGAUCAGGUAUCUGUCAGAUAGUAGAUCUCCUUCUUAGACUAGGGUUGAGACUCUGCAUGUGAGCGACAAGGAGCUGGGUGGAGUAUAGAUUUGCUUCUCCGGUUCUUGUAUUUUAAUGUCUGAUAGCUGAUAUCCAUGUAAUUUCCCACCCAACUCAGUUUCGAAAUCAUGUUGUGACACCACUCUCGAGCUUCAGGGUUCGCAAAAAGUAGGACCGGGAUGGCGUGUGCCAUACACCACACUGCAACGCACAUUAGUCAUGUCGCGGCGAACAAGCCGCAUGGUAAGUGGUGAAAUAUAUAGUAAA